AGCGUGUGCGGGCGCGGGGCUGGGGCCGCGCCCAGCUCUGCCCUGGCCGGCGCUCGCAGAGCCCCUUCGGGCAAAGGCGGAAAGCCUGGUCUGCGCGGCUCCCGACCGCUGGGCGGACCUGGUCCUGCGCAGUUGCCUCGCAAUAAGGAGUGUAGUCGUUUUCCUCCCGCGGGAUAUUAAAUAUCGAACAUCUGGAGUCAACGAUAGCUGUUUUUGAGUACCGUGUGCUCAUUAGCGCAAUCCUGCCGCUCCAUCUGACAGUUAAGAUUUUCAAGGCAAGAGGUAGUAAGAGGUUGAGGAAGGACACAAGCUCAAGUCUAGCAGCAAAGCGCAGGCCGGUUCCCGUGCCCAGCCGACCUGGGCGAGGCACGGAAAUAAUCACGGAAGGCCGGCGUGGGUGGGCGCACGCACCAGAGCGCUCUCGCAGACGUGCAGGUUUCUGAAUUCUAGUCGAAAGACGGGCAUGUUCGUAACUACAGUACAUAGGACGAGGUAGUAAGUGUCAUGAGUUACAGUCGGAGUAGUGUAGUAUCUGGUAUUUAUUGAUUUGCGGUUGGAUUUUAUUUCUCAACAGUGGAGUCCUUUCUCAUCCAAGAGAGUAUGGACUUAUAAACUAACCUAGAAGCAAACUUCUAGAGUUGUGUGUUUGUUUGGGGGUGGGAGGGCGCGUGAGUAUUAGCACUCCCGAAAGCUGAAGGUCGUGGAGACCGGGGAGUGUAUUUCAGCUCAGGGUAGGAAGAGCCAGUCAUUCAGUAAACUCUUACUCAGUUAUUGUGUGGCAGAGGCAUGUCUUGGUGGUAGCAGGGUUGUGUAAGACACGAUCUGUGCUCAAGGAUCUUACGGUUUGGUUGCGGCUGAGGGAGUAUUAUAUUGGCAGGGCAUCUACAAUCAAAAGAGAAGACCUUUCUUACAGUCUGAGUUGCUAUAUCCAGGGCCAGCCUUAGUAGUAGAGUAGAUGGGCUUCGAUUCUGCCUGUCACCUGCCACCCCAGAACAAUAGCUCAUUCCUUUAGAGUUUGAAUGCUUUUUAAAAAUGCAAUAACUCCGUUUUGAUGUGAAAAUUACCCUUGACACUAUUUCUGUAUCAGUCAGGAGAAAAACAACACUAGCUUUUCAAUCGAGUGAAUUCAAAGAGUUAACUGUGUAUGAGAUUGUUAACUAGGUACCUGGAAGGAUAAAAAGAGAUCUCUGAAAGUAUGAUGGAGGUGGCAGCUGUGGGGAGCAGUUGCUACCCCCAGGCCUGAGGAAACUAAGGGAAGUGGUUGAAAUUAAGACUUUUGAAACUGAGAGGAGGGUUCCUGCAUAGCUGAGACUCACAUUUCUGAGGAGGGGCUGGUGCUGUUCUUCACGUGUUGGGAAAUCUGCAGACUGGAUUCAGCAGCUGCAGCGGGAGGUGCUGGGUGAGUCUGAAAGGAGUAGCGUGUGGACAGGGAGCCCGCAGGAUGCAGACAGGCAGAAGCAAGUGCCUACUUCCUCCUGCUGUCUUGUCCCCCCUGUAGUGCUCCGCCUGGCUCAGCCCAAGGUGGUCUGCAGAGUCCCAGCCCCAGGAUCACAGAGCCAAAUAGAGGAUGCCAGAGACAGUUGCUUCACAGGUGACAUCAUUUUCUUAAGGAAUGCUUUGACUGUCUGUUAGGACCUGCUGGGAUUAUUUAAAAACCAGGGCUGAGAGUAGAAAGUGGAGCUCCUAGGGGGCAGGAAGAGUGAACAGGGUAACAGCAUGAUACUGAGCAGGGUUGGGGAAGUUAAACUGGGCAGCUUCCAAAUCAGGAAUCUGCUGAGGCUGGAUCAUCACUGUUACAACACCGUCACCCUUACCAAAGAGCGCUGAGUUCGGUUUUGGACCCAGAAAUGUGACUUCUUGCCGUUGAUGGUGGACCCUGUCACCACAUGUCUCUCUCCCUUAGUGCAUGAUAUGGUCUGUAAACUUGGGUUUGAGCACAGAGAUUACUGCGAUAUCGAUAGUGUUGUAGCUCGGAGCGGUCAAGUGUGCUGGAGAGGCAUCACCGCCUGUGUGACCUACGAAUCAGACCAGAGUCUGGAUUACUGGGGAAGUGUGCAGCGGCUGGGCCCCGUGUGUGAAGCUGUCCAUUCCCAUUUCCUGGCUCUGACCAAGGAGCAGUUCGAAAUUCGAUAUGCACCGUGGUUCCAGUGGACAAGUUUUCCAGAGUUGUUCCCUGAAAUAUUUGAUGACUUGGAAGGUCUGCAGUCUCCUGCCAUUUCUCUUGGCUUAAUGAAACUGACGUCAUGUCUGGAACGAGCCUUGGGGGAUGUAUUUUUACUGGUUGGGAAGGAUUGCCCCUUUCUUUUAAGAGAUCUGCUUGCCUCUGAGGAGCUUGUGCAAGUCUUCGGGCAGUCCGUGAUGGAUGUACUGAAAGUCUUCCUCGGCUCUCCGCGCGGCCUCAACCUGCGCAACAUCUUAUGGCACGGGUUCGCGUCUCCACGGGAAGUUUCCCCAAGAUACUGUUCAGUGAUGGUGUUGCUGACGGCAGGACUGGGCCAGUUACUGAAGAGGUACCUUCAGCAAACCCAGUUUACAUUGGCACACCGGUCUUUCGUGACUUUUACAAACUUAGAAGAUUUGAUCGUUUUUCCUGAUGUUACUUACGAGGUGCUUUCAGUAUUAGAAGAGGUGAUGACGAAGUCUACUUUUAUAUUAGACAUCAUGUUACCCUACUGGGAAGCUGCGCUGACCAAGUUCAAGGCACACAGGUUUGCCGACUGUGCCAUAUUGUUGCUGACGCAGCUGGAGACGGGACUUAGGAAAGUUUUUGCCACGGUUAACAACUGUCCAAAGAGACUCCUGGUUGCCGAGUCAACAGCUCUUUACACCACCUUUGAUGAAGUUUUGGCAAAACACUUGAACGAUGGUAAAAUCAAUCAGCUUCCUCUUGUCCUUGGAGAGCCUGCUAUGGAAUUUCUCUGGGAUUUCCUGAACCAUCAGACGGGUCCCCGCGUAAGAGACCGUUUAAGCCAUGGGGAGAUCAAUUUCCGUGAAUUUCCACAGGAGAUGACCAAUCAGCUGCUUGCGUUUUCCCUGGUGCUUUUACUCAGAUUCAUUGAUGAAGAUCUGUUAUCAGUUUUUAAGGAAAAAGCAGCAAUAAAGUUGCUCAUCGAUCUUGCAGAAGGCUAUGGCUCUCGCUGCCAUCCGGUCUCUCACCUGAAAAAGCAGGUGCUGAGCUGUGAGAAGAGCAUUGGGGCUUGGCCUCUGCUGCCUUCGCCUGCGGAGCCCAUUCAGGAAGCAGUCAGAUUAGAAGACAAUUCUGAAACAAAUGCCUGCCGCUCCUUGAUUACAAAGAUCAUGUGUGAGCUCUGUCACCACAUGCCUGAGAGCCACGCUGUGUUUAAUGACGUGGAUAAACUCGCCACUGAGAGGUGGCCCCGGGUGCUGGGUGAACUCUGCAGCGUCCCCAUCCCCACUCUGUUCUGCCCGAGGAUUGUCCUGGAAGUGGUGGCUGUGCUCCGCAGCAUCAGCGCGCAGUGCCAGCGCGUGUCUGGCCAGGUCGUCGCCGCCUCGGAGCUGCGGCACAGGCAGUGGGUGGAGAGGACACUGCGGUCGCGCCAGCGGCAGAACUACCUGCGCAUGUUGAGCAGUGUCAGGCUUCUGUCCCCUGCGCUCUACCUGAUUCUGUUGCUCGUUGCGCUGGAAUUGGUCAACAUUCACGCCGUGUGUGGAAAAUCUGCUUGCGAGUGUCGGCAGUACCUGAAGUUCUUAAAGUCGAUCUUGCAGUACACGGAGAACCUAGUGGCUUACACCAGCUUCGAAAAGAACAAAUGGAAUGAAACCAUCAAUCUUACACACGCAGCUUUGUUGAAAAUUUGGACUUUCAGUGAGAAGAAACAAAUGUUAGUACACUUAGCCAAGAAAUCCACAAGUAAAGUAGUCUUAUGAAAACA